UCGAUAUUGUGUUAAGUGUAUUGCCGUCUGUUUUCAUAACACAUUUUCGGAAAAGUAAAAAACUGAAAUAAAACACAAAAUGUCCUUAUCACCGGCUAGUGGCAUUGGACGCUUUUACAAGCACUCGGCGAAAAUAAUACGCUUUGUUCGCCUUGGCUGCACAAAUCGCCCAUUCUAUCACAUUGUUGUCAUGGAGAGGCGCAAAAAUCAGCAUCAGCCUGUGAUUGAGCAAGUCGGUUCAUACGAUCCAAUGCCCAACGAGAACAAUGAGAGAUUAGUUGCCCUCAACACCGAACGCAUUCGGUUCUGGCUGGGCAAAGGAGCUCACAUGUCUGAGCCGGCUGCUGAGUUGUUGGGCAUCUCUGGUUUGCUCCCUGUGCAUCCCCGCACUUACAUGACAGCUUGGCGCAAUCGCAAGGCGGCAGCUGAGGCGGCGGCGCUGGCAGAAGCGGAGGGCAGUCAGAAAGCGGCAGAAACCGCGUAGUGUUUUCCUUGUUAUUUAUCAUUUAAUUAACCAAUAAAAUAUGCAUUGUUUUUACAA